UCCGAGAGCGAGGUCAAGAUGGCGCGCUGCAGCAGGUGAAGGGGACUCAGCGGCAGCCGGUCGUUCGCUUGAAGAACAUGUACAAAACACCAUGUAGUAGACUGACGGGAGUCUGGAAAUGCCUUCCGCGCGAUGGUUUGCUUGGUGUCAGUGUGCAGCAGAAGCUCAUUGCAAAUGCAUCUAGGAGUCACAUGAGCGUCAGGAGUCUGAUUCAACUCUGCAGGAAAAAUCAAGCAGAAUGGAUCACGUUCCAGCAUCUCUGCUUCCUGAAGAGACAGUAUGUGAAGAGCAGCAGCAGUCUCUGCCAGAGAGCGAGAGCCAAGCAGGAGCCUGUUGCCUCUGCGCUGGAUGAUCGAGAUGAUUCGGUGGUCAGUCAGGUUCAGCAGAUCCCAGCCUUAAAGCCUGAACCAGGUACUGUGGUGCCGACAUGUGACCAGAUUGAACCGGAAGCGGCCAGGGCAGCCCGCUUGGAGGCCCGGCAGUGGAAGGAGUUGAAAGUUGAAUACAGUGAUUUACCAGGGAUUUACGCACGGCUCUCCAAAAUUAAAUUAACAGCUCUUGUGGUUACUACAGCAGCUGCUGGCUAUGCCAUGGCUCCAGUGCCCUUUGACCCUGUCACUUUUUUGAUGGCUUCGUUCGGAACGUUUCUCUCCUCCUGUACAGCCAAUUCCAUCAAUCAGCCUCAAGCAUGCAGAAACUGUGACGUGAUUGCCAUCAAAUCUGCUAGCGGCUUGUACAAAGACAAAUUCCUGAUGCUAAAACCCAGCAGCUGGUAGAACACCGCCACAAAUCACAUACCAUGUGGUCAUUGUAGUAACUCUCUGAUCUUAUUCUUCCUGACUCAUCUUGUGUAAUGUGACAGGUCUUGGGCACACCCAUACCUGACGGUAACUGAUCCCCGCUCUUAACUCAUUCCUUUGGGUUUUUAUAACUCCAGAGAGGAAAAUAAACGAAGAAUGACGUCCUUAGAUGUGGUGCCAGUUUGUCUCCCUAUUCCAUGAUCAAAGAUGAUCCUUUUCAAACUUGUAGAGUCCACUAAACAUACGACAAACAAAUCAAAGUUAAGGUGGAUCCCUUUAAGCUUUUCUGUCUGCAGAUUGAACAUCAAACACCAAGCAGGUAUCUCAGGAGCCAGUUGAGUUCGUCUCCGUUUGUGUUUACUUGUGACCGUGAUGAGAUUUACUUUGAGACAGAAACGACAGGCCAGGGAAUCAGUGGAUGUAGCUUUUAGCCUUUGGUUCCUUUGAGUAUUUCCUGAAGUCACAUUGCAAUUGUGUGGUUUCUUAUUUCAGUGUAACCUUGUUUGGAAACUGUCAGGAAUGCUGUAAAAACCCAGAAUCCCCUAACAAUGGCCAGCCAAAGUUGAUACUGCAUUCUG